AAGACCCACCAUCAUGGCGGACGAGCUGCCUACAGAAUUUGAUGCGAUUGUUUUGGGCACUGGGAUGGCAGAGUCCAUCCUGGCUGCUGCCCUGGCCCGCUGUGGACAGAAAGUGCUGCAUUUAGACAGAAAUGACUACUACAGCGGAGACUGGGCCACCUUCAACUGGGAUGGUCUACAGCGGUGGAUCACCAGACAGACACAUCCAGUUGUUCAAGCGAUGAAUGAAGCAGAAGGGACCAAACCUGUGGAAUGUUCCAAGUUGGAGGAGGGGGAGACAGCAAUGUCAGUCCCUCAGCAGGCAAACACCAUAUCCAACUUAGAGAUGUUUACUUAUGUCAGAGAAAAGGCAGAAGAACUCCCACCUGUAGAGAAAGAAUCACAAGAACAGUCGGAAACAGUGACUGACAAAGAAGAGGAACAGACAACCACAGAGGAAACCCAGCAGCAGAUUCAUACUACAGAAGAUUCAGAACAACCCAAGGAUGUGGGUGAGCAGUCAGGUGAAGCUGCAGCUGGAUCUGUGACUGAAGAAACUGUAAGUGAUGAUAAAAGUGAUGACAGGUGUGAAGAAGAAAAGCAAGACAGCCCAGAAGAAAAGGAACAAGAGAAGAAACAAGACAGCCCAGAGGCAGACAAGAAAGAUAGGCAAGAAGAAGAGAAACAUGACAGCCCAGCACCAGGUGGUAGUGGUGUACAGCAGGAAGAGGUACAAGUAAAAGCAGACCCUCCAAAGAAAGUAGAACCUAAGAAAUGGACCAUGGACGACAUUCACAAGGAGUGGAGGAGGUUCAACAUUGACCUCUCUCCUAAGAUGUUGUUUGGGCGCGGUUCCCUGGUGGAGCUGCUCAUCACCUCCAACAUCAGCCGGUACUGUGAGUUCAAGGCUGUCAGCAGGAUCCUCACACUGCUGAAUGGGAAACUGGAACAGGUACCAUGUUCGAGGGCAGACGUGUUCAGCAGUAAGUUUGUGACGGUGCUGGAGAAACGGAUGCUGAUGAAGUUCCUCACGUUCUGUGUGGAGUAUGAGCAACAUUCGGAAGACUACCAGGGCUGGGAGGAGAAGCCCUUCUCCGAGUACCUCCAGUCCAGACAGCUGACUCCAAACCUACAGCACUUCAUCUUCCAUGCCAUCGCCAUGGCAACAAGAGAUGCCACAACUCUGGAGGGUUUGAAGUCUACCCAGAGGUUUUUGCGGUCCCUUGGUCGCUAUGGCAACACACCGUUCCUGUGGCCGCUGUACGGACCAGGGGAGCUGCCUCAGUGCUUCUGCAGGAUGUGUGCUGUGUUUGCUGGUAUCUACUGUCUGCGCCGGGCUGCCAGGGAGUUGAUCAUAGACAAGGAUAGUAACAAGUGUAAGGGAAUAGUGUGUACAGAAGGACAGAGGAUCAGCUGUAGAUGGAUGGUGAUGCAAGGCACUUAUGUGCCUCAGGUGUGCAGAAAACCUGAGUCUCCUGCAGGGUCUGUAUCCAGAGGGAUCUUCUUUACGGACAGGUCCAUGAAGGCUUCGGAGAAUGAACAGAUCACCCUGCUAUCUGUCCCACCAGCAGAAGGCAGUAACUUCCCAGUGAGAGCUGUGGAACUGGGGAACGGGGCAUCAGCCUGUCCCAAGGGCAUGUUUGUUGUUCACCUGACAAGUCAAGGCACUGGUUCUGCCCAGGCUGAGCUACAACCUGCAGCUGAGCAGCUGUUUCAGCCUCUGGACAAAGAAGAUGCAGACACAGAGUCAGAGAAACCCAAGGUGCUGUGGUGUGUGUACUUUAACCAGCUGGACACCACAGACUGUGACCCCGGCACCCUCUACACAGGACUGCCUGAAAACAUCGUAGUCACGUCUGGGCCAGGGGUGGACCUGGGGUACGAGCAUGCAGUACAGCAGGCGAGGCGCCUGUUUGAGCAGAUGUGUCCCGGGGAGGAGUUUCUGCCCGCGGCGCCCAACCCCGAGGACAUCAUAUACGAGGACGACGACGGCUACAAGUCUGGCGAGGCACCCAGCAGCUCCGACAACUCCGAGGAGAACGGGAACGACAGCGAGUGGAAACCCGACCAGGAGAAGCUGGACGAGGGCGUCGCGGGCGCUGGCAGCGAAGUGUCACAGGAGGCAGCGGGAGGGGAAGCCGAGGGUGGGGACAAGGGGCUGCCCCAGGGAGGGGGCGAGGAUGCCCCACAGGGUGGGGAUGAGGGGCUACCUCAGGGAGGGGGCGAGGAUGCCCCACAGGGUGGGCAUGAGGGGCUACCCCAGGGAGGGGGCGAGGAUGCCCCACAGGGUGGGGAAGGUGAUACACAGGCGACACCAAAGGAUACAGAGGAGCAGGCUGAAACGUAA